AUGGUGCACCAAGGAGCGAGUGCGCAGCCUCGCGCGGAAGUGGGCAAAGAGGCGGCUGCGGAGCCGGCGACAGGAUGUCCCAAACGGCGCUCGCCGGCGAAGUCGCACCCUCCAGCGUCGCCCCAGAAACCCGGGCAAGCUCGCACUGAUGAUCGAGGGCCGUGGGGAGCCCGAGACGAGGUAGGUGCCAGAUGCGACGAGCUGGGCGUUAAGCGCGAACUCGCAGGCAUCGCCUGCAGCGUGGGGCAGGCCGACUCGCCUUGCACUGUUUACUCGCCUUCGUUAGACGGCAGUGGCGAACGCACACAGAGUUCCGACCACUCGUUCCGAUCGACGAGAGUCACGCCCGAGUCUGGCGACGCGGGGCGAGGCGGAGACGGGCAAGACACUCGCGAGGAGACUGAAAGUUUGAGCAGAAACGAACUGUGCGACCUCGGAGAGGAGACCAGAGAGCGCCGGCUGCUCAGGACACCUUCUGCGUCCAGCGGCGCGAGCGGCGCGAGCGGCUUGGCUCUUUCGGACGAAGUGACGGACGGAGAAGAAGAAGAUGUUUUGGCGGCCUUCGUCAAACGCAUGGGAGGCUCUCACGUGAUUCGCCGCAUCCUCAUCGCCAACAAUGGGACUGCUGCUGUUCGGUGCAUUCGAAGCAUGCGCCACUGGGCGUAUGAGGCUCUAGGCGACAGCAAGGCGCUCGAGUUUGUCGUCAUGGCGACGGCGGCCGACAUCGACGCCAACGCAGAGUUCAUUGCCGAGGCGGAUUUCUACGUGGAAGUUCCUCCCGGGCCGAACUCGAACAACUACGCCAACUUGCAUCUUAUUGUUCAGACUGCCGAGACCUACGAGUGCGACGCCGUCUGGCCCGGCUGGGGGCAUGCAUCGGAGAAUCAUCGGUUGCCGGCGAUUCUGCGGACUCUGAAGCGAAAAACCAUUUGGAUUGGACCCAGUCCCCAAGCAAUGCUGGCGCUGGGAGACAAGAUCGGGUCCGCCAUCAUCGCGCAGUCGGUCAACGUUCCAUGCGUGCCGUGGUCAGGCAUGGACGUCACCGUGGAUCUCUCGCAAGUGGAUCCGACCAAAGGCCUGUCACAGCAGACGCUCGAGGCGGCAUGCGUUCAGUCGGCCAAAGAUGUUUUGGAUUGCUGCGCGAAAAUUGGAUAUCCCGUGAUGAUCAAAGCGAGCGAAGGAGGCGGCGGAAAAGGCAUUCGCCGAGUCGCAGGCCCCGAAGAGGUAGCGGACGCGUAUCGCCAAGUUGUCAACGAAGUCAAAGGCUCUCCCGUGUUCGUCAUGCGCAUGGUUUCCGAAUGCAGACACCUAGAAGUCCAGCUGCUGGCUGACAAGUCGGGGCGGUGCGUCUCGCUCGGAAGUCGCGAUUGCUCGAUUCAAAGACGCUGCCAAAAAAUCAUCGAAGAAGGCCCGGUCGUCGCAGCGCCCCCGGCGGUCGUGCGCCAAAUGGAAGACGCUGCCUGUCGGAUGGCCAUGGCGGUUGGGUAUGAGAAUGCAGGAACUUGCGAGUUUUUGUACGACCCAAACACCCAUCAAUUUGCCUUCCUGGAAGUCAACGCGCGCCUCCAAGUCGAACACGUCGUCACAGAGUGCGUCGGGGACUUCAACCUUCCUGCGGCGCAGCUUCAGGUUGCGAUGGGCAUUCUGAUCGACGACAUUCCCGAUAUCAAAGCGUAUUUGGACACGGCGGCCAGCAACAAACCGGUUAGGAAGCACAUCAUCGCAGCGCGCAUAACGGCGGAACAUGCGGAAGAGUCCUUUCGGCCCACAGUCGGCCUCGUGCACGAGCUGACUUUCCGCCCGUCGCGGUUCGUCUGGGGCUAUUUCUCAAUCGGCAGCAAGGGGAACAUUCACGCGUUCAACGACGCCCAGUUCGGGCACCUGUUCGCCCACGGAAAGGAUCGACGAGAAGCUGUCAAACACAUGGUGCUGGCGCUCAAGGACAUGACAAUUCGUGGGGAACUGAGAACGAACGUCGAAGCCCUCAUCAAGAUUCUCGAGCACCCCGACUUUGUCGCAAACGCGACGCACACGACCUGGCUGGAAGAGAAAGUCAAUUUCUCCAGCGAGAGCAACGACGUUUCGCCGGUUUUGCUGCUGGGCGUCCUCCUCGCUGCCGUCUUUGAGUCCUACACGCACUUUCGAGAGUCCGAAGAAGCCUUCGUGAAACGGGUUGAGCAGGGACAGCUGCCGCCGUCGAUCUCCGUCUCCUAUGAGAGUUGCCUGGUGUACCGAUCCACCAAGUUCACCCUGCAGUGUACGUACGGCGGCCAGAACACGGUGUGCGUGGCUCUGAACGACAGCAGCACGACCGUGCACAUUCGCCGAAUCACCUCGGCGGGCGCAGGCGGUCCCGGCGCUGAACAACGCGACGGCGGGUUCCUCGUGCGGGGCGGCAUCGACGGGAAAAGCAGAAAAGUUUACUACAAGGAAGACAGCACGGGUCUCCGCGUCAGUUUCGACGGCACCACGUACACCUUCACAACGGAGAGUGAUCCCACGCAGGUCCGCCCUCCGGUGAGCGGGAAACUCGUCAGGUGGCUAGUCGCCAACGAGCAAAACGUCGUGAAGGGUCAGUCGUACGCGGAAAUUGAAAUCAUGAAGAUGUACAUGCAACUCCACGUCGAGGCGAGCGGCAAGCUGAUGCAUGCAAUGUCGGAAGGCGCCGUCUUUCAAGCAGGGGAUUUGCUGGCGACGCUGGAGCUGCCGCCGGGGGUGACGGUGCCGAAGGCAACGCCUUUCCGAGGCGGCUUUCCGUCGUCGGCGGUUUCGUCCUGCGAGGAGAAUGCGCAGACGCGCGGGAAGCGACUGAAACUCGCCCAACAGCGCGAAGAACACCAGAGGAGACAACGCAUGCUUAACCCGCUGCCGGCGUAUCGCGCCAGUCGCGAGCAGCUCGUGAACGCGCUCGACGGCUACCAAAUUCGACAAGAAGACGAGGACCAGGCUGUCGCGUGCUUCUUCGAAUGCAUCCUCAACCCGAUGCUCCCCAUCUCUGAAGUCAAAGAGGUUCUCGCUGUCAUCGACUCCCAGCUUCCAGAGCUUCUGACGACGCGCCUGCGCAGCAUCCUGGCGGACGCCGAGGCGCGCGCGGUGGCGGCGUUCGGACUCGAUGAGGAGACUCCGAGCCGUCACUCGUCGCCGAGCCGGUCCUCGCCGCAGGCGCGUCGCGCGCACCGCGCUGCGUCAGCACUGUCUCUCGGGCCUCUCGGGCAGACAUGCCAAGAAGGCAAGUCUGGGCAGGCUCCGCGGGCUGGGCGGCAGUCGAAACUGGAAGAACAAGACACGACGCCCGGGACUCCCGACGGGGAAGCGCGGCCGAAAGAAGACAGCGCCAAGAGCGGGCGGCCAAAGACAAAGGCCUCGAAGGCGAGAUCGCUCUCGCUCGCGUCCCACCUGCCGCCGUUCCUCUUUUCUUUUCCGCCGUUCGCUCUCGAGCUCCCGGUCGACGAGUGCUUCGCGGCGGUCGAGACGCAACUCGCCCUCCAAGCUGGCGGCGUCUCGGCACCCCACGCCACGGAGACGUCGGGCCUUCCAGAGGCGCGUGGCGCCGAAACGCCUCACAGUCCGCCGGCCGACCACGCGGGCGAGUACGUGGGCGUCUGCGUGAGCCGGGCGCAGCUGCAGCCGCUCUUUGAGUGCCUCACAAAGUACGAACGGGGCCUGAUCAUGGCUGCCGCUGAAGACAUCGCCAGGCUCUUGGAAAAGUAUCUCGAGGUGGAAGAGCUUUUUGAAGACAGUCGGGAGGGCGCAGCAAAGAGUAUUUCGAUGAAGAGGACCGAGGUCGACUCCGCGGCGCUGGCGUCUCUGCAAAGAAGUCAUCAGGCGCUGAAACGGAAGAAUCGGCUGCUGGCUCGCCUCUUUGAGUUCAUCCGCAAAUGCCCAGUGUGGCAAUCGCCAGUCUUCCUCCAGCGCUACAUGCGUUCGUAUUCCCACUUCAUGGAGUCGCUGCCGCACCUCCACGACUGUCUCCAGCGUCUCUCCACUCUCGGCGGCGGCUCGCCAGAGUACUCGGCGGUGUCUCUGCCUGCUCGCCAACUGAUGCUGAUCAAGCGACGGAAACCUCUCGAGGAGCAAGUCCGACACGUGGUCCAGCGCAUCUCUUACCUGGCGAACUCGACGCGACUCGUCACGAGUCCCACGUCCGCGCUCCCCGAGCCGUCCUCGUCAGCCGCCGCCGCAGCCGCAGCCGCUGCAGUCGCCGCCUCGGCCGCCGCAGCCGCCGCCGCAGCCGCCAGCGCCGCCGCCGUCGCCGCGAACGCGGCGGGGCCUGGAGCCGGUGCGGGCGCGGGUGCGGGGACUGGGGCCGGUGCGGGGCCGGGCCCUGGCGGGCCUUCGGGGCCCGCGUGCUCGAGCCUCAACGCCGUGGGCGCCUGCCGGAGUCGGCUCGCGGCGGCGGCUGCGGCUGCGGCUGCGGCGACGGCGGCGGUCGUCAAUUUGAGCUCGCCUUCUUCGCCCGUGCUGCUGCCUGCGAGACACCCGGUGGCGGCGACUCCGACGGCCGGCGGGGCGCAACUGCUGUUCUCGGGGACUGGAGCGAGCCCAGUGGCGGGGGGCGGCUGCUUCUUUGGAAGUUUGGACGAGCUUCUGUGGGACUUCGAAGGCUGUCCUGACAACGUCCUCAUGUGCCUGUUUUUGCAUCCGAACGACGAACUUAAGCGGUGCGCUCUCCAGCUUUACAUCAGCCGCCACUACGGGCGUCACGGUCUCCACGAGAUGCGCAUCCACACGGCGGGGGAGGUGUGGGAGGGGCCGUACGGCUUUCUCGAUGAGCUGAGCCAAGAGAAGCCCUCUCCGGCUGCUUUGCCCUCUUUGCCGACGACCAAGUCCUCGUCUCUCGCUCCGGCUGAAGACCACGCUCUGCCUGGUUCCUUUGUCUCGGCAACUCCAGUGCCUGCUCACGCGCACGUUUCGGGGUUUUCCGGCAGUCCGGCUGCCUAUGCAGGCGCGGCGUUUCUCAGUUCCUUUCCGGGCGAGGCGGAGACGCCAUGCGCCUCGUCGUUCAGCUCCUGGAGCCUCUGGGGCAGCCCCGAGGUGUACGUACAGCGCGCGAACCCGCUGCUGGCUGUAUGGACCCACCACGCCGUUCUCACUCAGGAGUUCCUGACCGAAACGCUGGACCAAAUCAAGCCUGCGCCGGCGGCCAGCUGUACCUCCGCAGCCGCGAGUCCCGCGCCGCCUUCGCGCCAGGGCUCCACGGCCCAGGCCUUCAGUGCGUCUUCUGCGGGCGCGUUGGGCGAGCAAAAGACUCCAGGCGCGUCCAGUGGAGCCACCGCCUUGGUGGGGGAGCCGAGGCCGCCGAGUUCCCUCGAGACCGAAGAAGUUCGCCGGGAACCGCGCGAGUUGGCGGCCACGCUCUUUCGGCGCGUGUCGUCGAGCGUGGACCUCGCGUGCUGUCCAUCUUCUCUCUCUGCUGGCAAGAAAGAAGACGGACGCCGCGCGCUGUCUCCCUUCCUCGCGCACUCCUUGUCCUCCCUGUACUCGCCGGUCUCCGCGCCUGUGCCGAGCGCGGCUCGCCCGUCGAGCGAGGCCAGGAUAGGAGACUGCGCGGUCGCGUCCUUCGCUUCCGUCCCCCCCUCAGCGGGAAGAAGCGGCGGCAAAUUCGACGACGUGGAUGUCGACGGCGGCGAAGCCUGGGAGGCUCUAGGCCGUGCGAGCAAGAGCCGCCUGCGUCACAUUCUGACCUGUUUCGGCGGCGGGGAGAACGACGAGACAGGCCGCAUUGCGCGGUCUCAGCAGACAGUCGCCAUGGUGUUUGACGGGAUCUACAGCCUUGAGAACGACUUUGUCGAUCGCCUCGUCGAGUACGCGCGCAUCCAUCGCGCGAUGCCGCCUCCGCCGCCAACGGUCGACGGAAAAAUCCUUCAAGUCUUCAUUCUCGAUCUCGGUCCGGCAAAUGCGGCCGCGAACAAGGAGGCGCACUGUUGCUCGGUGAUAGCCCAGUUGUUGAACGAGGCGGCAUCGCUUUUACAAAGUUGCAACUUGCAUUUGGUCGCCGUCACGCUGCUGUCUUCCUCGUCGCCUCUCUCGCCCGCGAUUUGCGGCUCCACGUCUUCUUUUCAUCUGUCUUCCUCGCCGUCGUCCCCGGCCUCUGCGAGGUCGCCGCGCCUUCUCGAGCAAGCUCCGGAGGCGGGGCCCGCCGUCGACGAGGGCGUGGGGUGCGCUCCUUUGCCCUCGUCAGUCUUGUCCGCGUUUCUCCGCGAGCAUUUCUCAGAGAACCCCGGAGACAGCUCGGACGAGACGGAGACACCCCGCUACUUCUACUUCCGGAACUGCUACCGACUCCCCACCCCCGCGGUUAUCGCGGCUGGGCGGCUGCCGGGCUGCUCGCUGUCGGCGAGUCCGCCGAACUCGACGAGUUCCACGCCCUCUCGGGCCUCGUCGCCGGCGCCGGGAGCACGCGGCGACGACGGCCGGGCCCGAGGAGACAGGGGACACGCGCCGGCGGCGGUCGUCAAGGCCCUCGUCGCGUCUUCGGAGAACGACCGGGACGAAGCCAAUCGCGGGCCGCCCGACGGGGCGAGUCUCCCGGGGGCGCGUCUCGCCAUGCGCCCCUUGCCGCCGCUGUGCUGUCCGUCGACGGUCGCCGCGCUCUCGCCCUGUUUCGAGGAAGAAGAUUUGAUUCGAAACACGUCCCACGCCCAGUUCAGCCUCCUCGAGCUCUCGCGCUUUCUGCCCCACUUCCACGUCCGAUUCAUCCCGACUUCUGUCCCGGACGUCCACGUCUUCAAGGCAGUCCCCAAACCGAGCGGAUCCGGCCCCAGAGCCCCGGGGCCAAGCCCGUUGGCGAGUGCGCCCGCCGCCCCCGAGGAACGGGCUCCAAACCCCGCGCCCGAUCCCCCCGCGCGAACCGCCCCGCGCCAGAGCCGCGCCGGCGGCAGCCGCUACUUUGUGCGCAUCCUCGUCACAGUGGUCACCGGCGGCGCAGCCGGUGGACGAGGGCGAGGCGGGAAGGAGACACCCGGCGACAGCCUCGGCCGCGAGCGAGACGGCGUCGAAGACGAACUGGACGACGUCUUGUCUGAGCAGGAACGGCGGUUCGUCUGCGGCUUGAACGCCCUCGAGGUCGCAUGCAAGUCGGGCGACGGCGACGCGAUGGCGGGAAACCACCUGCUGCUCUCGACGACUAUUCUCUUCCCCGCCGCGGCUGCGGGGCCCGCGAGCGGCGCGCGCCCCAGCCGACCGCGCACGAGCUCGACUGGCUCCGUGGGCGGGGGCCCCGCAGGGCCAGCCCAGCUGUGCAGCGCGCCCACCGCGGUCGUCCAUCGCGUCGCCCCUGGGGCGCUCGAGGCCGCCGCCCGCAAGCUGGUGAACCAGUAUGAGCGCCGGCUGGCGAAAAUGAAUGUCAAGAAAGUCGAACUCCGGUACAUGCAAAGAAGCAUCGCCGGGAGCGAGGGCCCGUGCGUGCCGCUGCGCCUCGUAGUCGACAACCCGACGGGACAGUCUCUGCGGAUUCGGAAAUUCCUUGAGGUGACGAAUCCGACAACCGGCGAGCAGGUGUUCUCGGCCCUCGCCAACCGCGGGGCGCUGUCUCUGGGCGGGGCUGGCGCGUUCUCUCUCCACUCUUCUCUCUCGCUUCCCGGUUCGCGUCCCGCCAGCGAGGCGUCUGCGUCGCUCGCGGCUUCACGCCACAUCUCAGUGAAACUCGGCGACGACAGCGACUUUGACGGCAGGCCUGUCAACGUCCCACAUCCACUGCCCAGUGCCCUGGACGUUCGCCGAGCCCAAGCCUUCACAGUCUCGACAGUCUUCAUCUACGACUUCCUGGAUUUGUUUGAAGAGGCGAUACGGAAGCAGUGGAGGUCGUGUCCCAAGUACUUCCUGCCAGCAAUCGUCGAAAACACUACGUCCGCGGGAGCAGCGCGAAGCAGUUCGGGCCACGGCGCGAACGCCGACAGCAGCACGGCGAAGUCCUUCCUGCCUGAGCGAGUCUUUGAAGCGACGGAGUUGCGGCUGAAUCGCAAGGGCGAACUGGAAGAAGUGCAGAGAGAGAAGGGACUGAACGAGUGCGGCAUGGUGGCCUGGCGCGUUACCAUGUACACCCCCGAGUUCCCCAAAGGGCGGCGCGUCAUUUUGAUCGGUAACGACGUGACGUUCCAGAUGGGGACCUUCGGCGUGACGGAGGAUCUGCUGUUUCAAAGAGCGUCGGAGAUCGCCAGAAAGGAGGGUAUUCCCCGCAUCUACAUUGCAGUGAACAGCGGCGCACGCAUGGGCCUAGCGAACGAAGUCCUCAAGCUCUUCCAAGUCGAGUGGAUCGACGAAAACCAACCUCACCGCGGAUUCAAGUUCCUCUACGUCACCGAAAAAGACUACCAGCAACUCAUGCAAACCGACUCGAUCGUUGCAGAGCCUGUUCAGCAUCCUGUCGAGGGAACCGUCUACAAAAUUACGACGAUUGUCGGCGCGCAAAUUGGGCUCGGCGUGGAAAAUCUUUGCGGAAGUGGAGCGAUUGCCGGAGAGACAGCUCGGGCGUACAAGAGCACCUUCACCAUCACUUUCUGCUCAGGUCGAUCUGUUGGUAUUGGCGCGUACUUGACGCGCCUCGGGCAACGCGUCAUUCAAAAGUCGGUGAAUGCGCCGCUUCUCCUGACCGGCUACCAGGCGCUGAAUCGGCUGAUUGGGCGGGAUGUCUACUCUUCGAAUGAUGAGAUUGGAGGCACCGAUGUCAUGCACAAAAACGGCGUCUCUCACCUCAUUGUUAAAGAUGACAUUGAAGGCUGCGAAGCGAUUCUCGACUGGCUGUCGUACGUCCCGGAGCACCGCGAAGGCCCGCUGCCGAUCAUGGUGGACCCAACCGACCCCGUCUCGAGACCCGUGGCGUACAAGCCUGCGCGUGCGACGGAGGAUCCUCGUCUCAUGUUCACCGGCUGCAUUGACCCCCAAGGGAACUGGCUCGGCGGCGUCUUCGAUCGAGGCUCCUACCGCGAAGCGAUGGCUGACUGGGCCCGGUCAGUCAUCAUUGGUCGCGCGCGUCUCGGCGGCAUCCCCGUCGGCAUUGUGGCUGUGGAAACGCGCGUAACAGAGGCUAAGCAGCCAGCAGACCCAGCGAUGCCGCACACGUCGGAAAUCCUUCUCACUCGAGCAGGCCAAGUCUGGUUUCCCGACAGCGCCUACAAAACUGCGCAAGCGAUUUGGGACUUCAACCAGGAGGAGCUGCCGCUGUUCAUCUUUGCGAACUGGCGGGGUUUCUCCGGUGGCCAAAGGGACAUGUUCAACGAAGUUCUGAAGUUUGGAGCUUACAUUGUCGACGCCUUGGUGGACUACAAGCAGCCUUGCUUUGUCUACAUUCCUCCGAAAGGCGAACUUCGUGGAGGUUCCUGGGUGGUAGUGGAUAGUCGGCUGAACGCGGAGCACAUGGAGAUGUACGCCGACACGGAGAGCCGCGGAGGCGUCAUGGAACCGAGUGGGACGGUUGAAAUCAAAUUCCGGGAUAAAAUGCUCAUUGACACCAUGCGUCGCCUCGAUCGCGUCACGCAGCAACUCGAAAAGGAAGACGCGAAGCUCGCCAGUGAGGGCCUCCCCAUCGACGCUCCACGGCGCCAGGAGAUCAAAGAGAAGAAGGAGAAGCGGAUUCAAGAUCUCCUGCCUGUGUACAAGCAGGUCGCGAUUCACUUUGCGGACAUGCAUGACACGGCGACGCGAAUGAAGAAGCGCGACGCCGUGCACGACGUCGUGGUGUGGGAGAAGAGUCGGAACUACUUCUACUGGCGCCUGCGCAGGCAGUUGAUUCUCUUCAAUCUGCGGAAAGAAAUCACCAUUGCGGACCCGACCUUGACCCUCAUUCAGGCGCAGCAUCUGGUCUUCAAGUGGGCGGAGGAAGCCGGGCACAACGUUGAGGGAAACUACCAAUUCGUGCAGUGGGCGUGCCACAGCAUUUCCUUCUUUGCAAACAAACUCGCGGCGCUGCGCUCGGCCCACCAAAUGCGAAACCUCCAGGGUUUCGCGCACGACAGUCCUACCGCGUUCUUGGAGAUCCUCCGGCGUCUCGACCCCAGCUUGUAUCACCGCCUGGAGUCUGUAUGCGCAGUCUCGGAGCAAACGCAAAGCAGUUCCAGCACACAGCGGUCGAUGGCGGCUCUGUCGCUGAUAACGAAACCGAAUGCCCCCGGGGAUAACGCAGAACCGGGAGACAGCCUCCCCGCGAGUCACCUUCUUUGA